CGGGGGGGGUUUGGGGGGGCCCUGGGCUGGAAGCUUGGUCAACCGUGAGCACUGCUCUCUGCUCGGCACUACCGGUAGGCAGAGCGCGAUGGCGGGAACGACAGAAGCUCUCCGACUUGCAAUUAUUGCAAUGCUGACGUGUCUGCUGAUCUGGAGCAGUCCCGGCGGCUGUGGCGCCAUCGCUUCUGCCACCGCUCAGGGGGAGGAUUCGCAAAACGUGACCGAGAUAAAUGCUGGUGUGCUACUUGAGGGCAAACUUGCGGAACAACCCGAUCUGACGAUGUUCGUGCAGGCUCUUCUCGUCUCGGACACGUUCCACGUUGCCAUUAGCAGAGCUAACGGCGGCGGCGUGACCGUCCUCGCUCCCAACAAUACGGCCUUCUCCGUGUUUGACCCGGCUGUGCUGGACUGCCUGUACAGUAAGCCGGCAUCGCUGAACGUUCUCUCGCAAAUAACUAAGUACCACAUUCUGGUGGGUAAUCAUAAUGCUACGGAGCUAAUCGCAAUGCAGACUGUUCAUGCCGACAGUGGCCUUCCUCUGCAUUUCAAUCUAACAUCCCGAGGAAGAGUGCGGAUUAGCGACGACGACGGCGGGGAGGCUUUCAUGACGAGGCCAGACUUCCGUCUGCUAAUCAACUCUACCAUCCACGUGAUCGACACCGUGAUGAUCCCGCCGGUUAUCGAAUCGGUCUUCGCUACGGAAUGUUUUGCUUAUGCGAAUAGCAACGAUGCACCUUCGUCUUCCGACGCGCCCCCAUCGUUCCAUUUAUGAAGGCAACACAGAGAGAGAUAGAGAUAGAUGAAAAGAGAGAGAGAGAGAGAGAGAGAGAGAGAGAGAGAGAGAGAGAGAGAGAGAGAGAGAGAGAGAGAGAGAGAGAGAGAGAGAGAGANAGAGAGAGAGAGAGAGAGAGAGAGAGAGAGAGAGAGAGAGAGAGAGAGAGAGAGAGAGAAAGAGAGAGGGAAGUGAUCCCUCUCCUCAUGCAAUGACGCUGCCAUCUGCCAAGAGGAGAAAUCUACGGCAUUCACAGC